AUUUUCCAGACAAUCAUGAUGAAAUACCUUGUCACCAUGGAUGUGCCAUUGCUCAACCUGCUGCUAAUGUGGAAGACGAUGUUUGCUGACGAUCUAUUCGCGGAUGCGGAGGAGACGUACCUGUACACACGCUUGCUGCGGGACGGUCACCAUCAGAGCCUGCCUAUCACCCAACGUCUGCUCUGCCUGCACUGGCUCGAACAAUUCAUCGAGGUGUCGCCACUAGCUGCCUCGAUGCAGUCUCAGCAGCACCACCUGUUGGUACCCACUGCGUUGGAUAGCUCUGAUCUGAGGCUACAGAAACUCAGAAUUCUCACCGCAUGCUACGAUGACAGUUCAGAUGUUGAUACAAGACUUCUUAUCAGCAGCCUGGGUAUACAGCGCAAGCUUGUACAUUACAGUCAGUCGGGCAAGUACGGGCCGGCGUUAUUCCGCGUUCUUUACACCUACUUCAGUCGCCAUCCCGGCACAGAACUCGCAGCUGAAGUCUGUAGAUUUGUAGAAGUUCUGGUUCAAGCAGAGCCUUUCCUUAUGCCACAUGUUCUCGAUUUUCUCAAGUGUGUUCAGAAGACUGAAGUUCAAGGAUCGUGCUAUCAUCAGAUGCUGCUGUGCAUACUGGAGCAGGUCACCCAGCAUGACAUGGCUGUGGUGCAGGAGAAUCUCAGCUACCAUCUCAUGCUGCUGAAGGAAGCUGCCGCACAGCCCUCCGUGUCGUCACAGAAGAUCAUUCAGCUGCUAUUGAGCGUCUGUGAGUCGACCCCCAUCCUGACUGAGGGGGACCUACUCGUAGGACAUCAGCUGAUAGGUGUUUGCCGUUCCCUCCUGCAGACACACCCAACCAGGGACAUGUUUGAAGAGCUGGCAGAUUUGUUGCACACUGUGUUCACAAGGUCGAAUGAUGUGGGCAUUCAGAGUAAAGCCAAGUUCUACUAUGCGAUGCUUGUUAAACUCCCAGACAGUCAGAUAAAGGAUUUGUUGGUUAAGGCACCAUCUACUGGCAGUGACUCGUGGAAGAGUAUGGCUAAUCUCAUGUCUGAAGAUGUCAGCAUUCCUGAACGCGUGUGUGUAAUCAAGUUUGAUAACCCAAUUCUUCAACUAACAAGAAAAACAGAAAGCCUCGAUAAGAGCUUCCGGCUUGCUGUGGCGGUUGAUAGCAAGACUGGAGAUGACUCUACCCUCUUCACUCGCUACAUAACGAGCAUGAAGUCAGCUGUGUUGCCGUCCAUCGAGAUUCCGGCCAGCUUGACAUUUCCUCCGAACCAAGAUGCAGUGAAGAGAUUCUACGCAGGCAUCCUGACGAUUGACAGGGACGAGGAUUACGAAGCUAUUGCGGAGUACAUCGUUGUGUACAUGGAUGCUGCGGCGAUGCCCUCCCAUGACAUCCUGCUCACAUUCACCCCACUGCGGCCGUCCCCCACCAGCUUCCGACUCCGAUUCACUUUUACGGACAUGGAAGGUCGGACAUGCCUCUCAAUGCUGUCACCAUUCCAACUGCGAUUCGAUGACUUGUUCCUGCCUUUGCCUAUCAUCGAUGGUGCUGCUUGCAAUAAACUACAGCUGUUCAACUGUUUGUGGCAGUCAUUCUACAAUGUGUGCAGCUUUAACACGGAUCCAUCAUGUGCAUCGUCAAUCGUGGUCCUGAUGCUGCCACAGGAGCAGAUGAUGUCAAUUCUGUCUGCGGACCUAAAGGAAUACGUGAUCGCCCUAGAAUAUGAAGAAUGCGUCUCAGUCGGAAUUGUUCUGCCGCCUUCCUCGCAUGUCCUCUUCAAGAUGGUGAUAGAAGCAGAGAAAACAAUCGUGCAUAUAGCGACGGACAAUUGGGAGAUAUUACCACUGAUAAACCGUUACCUACUCGACAUGCAGGCUACAGGCAAACCUGCAGAUUCGUGAUCACAACCACGUGCAUUUAUUGUUUGGGGUUUAUACAUGUUUGACCUGUGGUAGUACAAGUAUCAUGUCAUAGACACGUGAAUAUAUUUGCAAAGACCCUAUCUACAUACUGUUGUGAUAUGUACAUAAUGAUAUAAUAUUUUUUAUGUAAAAAUGAUUAUUGUAUAGAGAGAAUAAUGCAUGUCAUUGAUGUGUUGAAAAAAUGAAUAAAGGAGGGUGCAACCCUCUUGCCAUUGCAUCCUACAUACUGCGUAAUGUAAGCUUGCAUCUGGAAUAAUGAUCAUGUUCAUUAAAAGUCGCAUGCAACAUAUUGUGCAAACAGUAAUAAUGCAUUAUUUAUUAAUAAGUAUGAUCAAAGUACGUGCAUGCGGCAUACGAUCAGCUAAAUAGCGAGGUAUUAAGAAAGCUUUAAGGGCCCUCUACUAAAACGUACAAUGAAAAAUGUACAAUGUAUGAUGAAGUAUUUGAAUUGCAUUAUGACCCUCUUCCAUGUCUCUCUGGCUCGUAGUACUCUUAAUUACGACCAAAAUAAGUGUUGUAAGACAA